AUAAGAAAGGUUCAGUCUACGGAGAGAACUCGAGUCGUGAACAACGAACGCGCGAUUGCUGCUUCCGUGAACGGCGUGUGUGUCUUCUUCGCGACCAGACCAAACCCGAAACUCUUUUUUCUUUUCUCCUGGUGAUAUCUUCUUCCGACGAGUGCAUUUUUUUUUUGGUGGAUGUCAAGUGCGAUGACGGUGUUCUUGAGGGGUGGAUUCUGGUGACUAAACAAGUGAAUUGAAGUUCUGGGGAUUGAAACUUGUGUGAUUGGUGCAGUGCUGUCAUUAGUGAUUACAAUCGAAAGGGAGGAAAAUCCCCAUCCAAACCGACGAAAUCGACCGUCGUCGACGACGACGUUGAAGCUAGAUUUUUCGGAAUUCGGUGUAAGAGAAACGUUCUCUCGUCGUUGAUUGGAAAUUCUGCCGCAGAAGAAAACAAAAGCGGCGACGGCGUGACGGUGAGCAACUGUCAAAGGUGCAUUGUUUGCGGGAGUUUACGAAUUAAGGGAGUGUGAGUUCUCAUGUGGGGAAGUCAUGUGAGGGUGUGAAGCCCAUGGCUUGCUGCGUCCAUUGAAGGAAAGCAGUGUUCUGUGAGUUCAAAGUUCAUUAACCAUUCAAGCAGAAGAAAAAGCGGUGAGUUGUGUUUUUGAGAUCUCAGGUGUAUGUUCGACAAUGUUGGUGAGUGUAAAGCAGAAGAUGAAAAUGUCUGUCGAAUCGUUCUGUUGAUCUGUGAUUCUGUCAAGAGGGUGUGAGGGAGUUCUGUUCGACGACAGCAGUCAGUGUUUAGAUUUUGUGUUUUGUUUUUCUCUCCGAACCGAGGCGAGAAGAAUUCAAAUCGAAUAUAAACAACAACCGUUAGGGUGAAUCGAGAAGCGCUUCCUGGCGUCUCUGCUGAUUGGAUUGAUUGGAUUGUUUUCGUCGCAGCAUCAACCACAGGAGGUCACUGUUUGACGGCCGGCUAAUUCAUCCUGGACCAGCACCCUGGCGGACGGCACGGACAACGGUUAGGGAGGCGGGAGAGUUGGCAGCACUGCCUGGGCCAUGGAUCACGCGGUUCACGCUGCCCGAGGAAGACCAUGGAACAAGCUGCGCUUCGAGAACAACGAGCUGGAAUGCCUGUACCAGCGGUACACCCUCAAGUUGCAACGGUUCUCCGUGACCGGAGUCGUUGCCCUGGUCGUGGUCCUGUGCGGCGUCAUGGCCGGGCUCAGCCUCGGUUACAACCAGGCGCCGACGUUACAUAACGUCUUCAACUCGUUCAUGUGUCUGAUGUUUGCCGUCAUUCUGGCGCUGCUGCAGUUCCGGUUUAUCCGGGACUCGCACCUGCCGUACCUGUGCUAUGGGAUCCUGUUCUUCACGGCGGCCUUCUGCUUCAUCUCGAUGCCCACCGUGGGGAUUGUGUUCCCCGUCGAUACCCGGGAGGUGAUGGCCGAGGGCGUCUGGCAGAUUGUGUUUGUGGUGUUCUUGGCGUACGCCAUGAUGCCGCUGCAGAUCUGGGAGGCGGUGCUGUUCGGGAUCAUCUUGCCGUCGAUACACAUCGGACUGACCGGGUAUAAUAUCUACAAUGAGAACUUUCAGUAUUUGGCGUAUCAACAGCUCGCGGCCAACAUCGUCAUCUUCGUGGGCGUCAACGUGGCCGGACUGGUCGUCAACGUCAUGAUGGAACGGGCCCAGCGACGGGCAUUCCUCGAUACCCGCAAUUGCAUCGCAGCUCGACUAGAGAUGGAAGAUGAAAACGAGAAGCUGGAGCGGCUGCUGCUAUCGGUCCUGCCGCAGCACGUGGCCAUGGAGAUGAAGAACGAUAUCCUGUCGCCGGUGGAGGGCCAGUUCCACAAGAUCUACAUCCAGAAGCACGAGAACGUCAGUAUUCUGUUUGCGGAUAUCGUCGGGUUCACGGUGCUGGCUUCGCAGUGCAGUGCCCAGGAGUUGGUGCGGCUGUUGAACGAGCUUUUUGGGAGGUUUGACCAGCUGGCGCACGAUAAUCACUGUUUGCGGAUAAAGAUUCUCGGGGAUUGCUACUAUUGUGUGUCGGGGAUUCCGGAUCCGAGGGCGGAUCACGCGAGGUGUGCCGUGGAGAUGGGACUGGACAUGAUCGAUGCGAUCGCUUCGGUCGUUGAACAGACGGAUGUGAUACUCAACAUGAGGGUGGGGAUUCAUUCGGGCAGAGUUCUUUGUGGAGUUCUGGGUCUUCGAAAGUGGCAGUUUGACGUGUGGUCUAACGACGUGACGAUGGCGAACCACAUGGAGAGCGGAGGCGAGGCAGGUCGGGUCCAUGUGACCCGGGCUACCCUGGAUGCCCUCGGAGGAGAGUACGAAGUUGAGGCAGGUCACGGCGAUACGAGAGAUUCGUAUCUCCGCGAUCACCAGAUCGAUACGUACUUCAUCGUACCGCCGGCUCAUCGAAGAAAGCCCCUGAUGUUGAACACCUUGGGGGUUCGUUCGGCCCUGGGGGCCGCCAACCGGAGAAAGCUCUCGUUCCGGAACGUGUCCAAUGUGGUGGUCCAGCUGCUCCACACGAUCAAGUACUCGGUUCCGGUUCCGUUCUCGCACAUGGCCACCGGUGGGUCACCUUAUCCCGGUGGCGGCGGCGGCGGAAGCAGUGGCGGUCCAGCCGGUGGCCCCGGCGGUGGAAUGUUCCUCGAUAAGAACGCCCGAAAGGAUCCGGUGCUCCACUUGCAACGUAUGCUCCACGCCAGUCCCUACCAGGCGCACAUGGCUGCCACCGCUGCAGCAGUAGGCGGCGCCACCGGAGAAAGCACCGGUCUGAUGGCCGGGACGCGUGGAGGCGACGUCGGCGAUUCCUCCCAGUACGAUACGGAUUCCGGUGGCACCAGACUCAAAAACAAGGUCACCGACAAGUUCAAGCGGCCGUUCAAGAAGCGCCACUCCAGCGUGUACCACCAGCCGUCGAACCGGGUCAACAAGUUCCUCUCGCAGGCCAUCGAAGCGCGCAGCGUCGAUCGGGAGAAGUCGGUCCACGUCAAACGGAUCUCGUUGCAGUUCCGGGAGAAGGACAAGGAACGCCAGUACCACCAGGACUUCGAUCUGGGCUUCACCACGGCCAUGGGCUGCAGCUUGCUGCUGUUGAUCCUCAGCGCUGGAUUGCAGAUUUCAGCGUUACCUCGUACCUUGAUAUUGCUGUUGCUAUUUCUGACGGCGUUCAUCUGGAUCAGCUCGAUCCUGAUGCUGCUGUUGGCCGUAAGACUGAAGUGGAUCUUCUGGGACCUGUCGCAGAGUUUCUCGCUACGCCUGGCGAUCACAGUUUUCACGAUCGUGCUGCUCUACUCGGUCGGACAGGUCAAUGUGUUUACCUGCCUCUCGGACCACCCUUGUACUACUAACUUCACCACAAAAGCCGUGGAUCCGUUCCAACACGUGGAUCCGGCGGCAGCUUCAGCAUCUUCGUCAGUGCCUGCCUCGCACGAGACGUACGUACCCUUUCCGGGUGAUUCCGUGCCGACGGCACCUGGAGCGAACUACGCUCACCGAAAGUGUGCACUUCCGCAGUACAUCUCCCUGUCGGCGGCCUUUUCCUUCCUGACCGUGUCGAUAUUCCUGAGGUUACCGAUCAUGGUGAAAACGUUCCUGAUCAUGCUGAUGGGCAUCAUGUACUGUCUGUUCAUCGAGCUUUCGCACACGAACAUCUUCGACUGUUACGAUCAGCGGGUAGAGUCGGCCAUCCCGCUGCACACGAUCUCGCUGGCAAGGAUCAUCAUCUUCAUGAUCGCGAUCUUGGCCCACGGGCGGCAGGUCGAGUGGACGGCCCGGUUGGACUUCCUGUGGCAGCUGCAGGCAUCGCAGGAGAAGAAGGAGAUGUCGGUGCUGCAGCAGUCCAACCGGAGGAUCCUGUACAACCUGCUGCCGUCGCACGUGGCUUCGCACUUCCUGGACAACCACUUCAGCCGGAACAACAUGGGUACUCUCGGUGGCAAUCAGGAUCUGUAUCAUCAGAGCUACAGCAAGGUGGGCGUGAUCUUCGCCAGUGUGCCGAACUUCCACGAGUUUUAUACGGAGUUGGACGGGUCCAAUCAGGGCGUUGAGUGUCUGCGGCUGUUGAACGAGAUCAUCGCGGACUUUGAUGAGUUGUUGUGUGAGGAGCGAUUCCAGUCGGUCGACAAGAUCAAGACUGUGGGCAGUACGUAUAUGGCUGCGGUGGGGUUGAUUCCGGAGUUCAAGAUGCUUCCGAGUGAUCACGGUUCGACGCGGAAGCUGAUGACGGCGUUGAUCGACUUUGUGAAGGCAAUGCGAGUCACGUUGAAGAAUAUCAACGAGAAUUCGUAUAAUAAUUUCAUGCUGAGGGUUGGGGUGAACGUAGGACCGGUGGUGGCUGGAGUUAUCGGGGCCAGGAAGCCGCAGUACGAUAUCUGGGGAAAUACGGUGAAUGUAGCGAGCAGAAUGGACUCAACGGGUAUUCCGGGGUACACGCAGGUAACUCAAGAGGUGAUCGACAGUCUUCAGGGCAGCCACUUUGAGUUCCGGUGUAGGGGACAGAUUAAGGUAAAAGGUAAGGGUGACAUGGUGACGUAUUUCUUGUGUGAGCAGAAUGAGAAUAUGCUGAAUGGGGGAGGAGCGAUGGGAGGGAUGAACGGGACGCGGGAUCGUCAGACGCCAGCUUCGAACAUAAUCUCCAACUACCAAACGGACAGUUUUCAUCACAUGAACAUUGGGAGUCAACAGGGGUGUUACCAAACGCAGGCGCCGGUCCUGCAGCCUCAAAGUUACUAUAUGAAGCGAUCGGACAUGGAUAGCGGGAGUGUGAAGAAUACCAAGUGGCAGAUGGGCAACGACAGCUUCUCGAAGAAAGAGAGCUACAAUUUUCUGGAAAGCCCGAACUUACUUCAUCAACAAACUCCCGUCGGUCAGCACCAUUUUCAGCAGCAGCAGCAGCAGGCCCAGCAGCACCAGCUACAACAGCAAGCACAGAUGAAGAUCGCUUACAAGCACAACAACAUUAACAAUAAUCACAUCAGCGCUGGAUACCAUGGCAACCAUCACAGUCAACCGACCAAUCACAUGAACAACAACAAUAACAACAAUUACGGCAAACGCAAUGACUAUCUCCAUGGCAACGGCUCGGUGGGAGGUCAGCACCAGCCAAGUUACAACAUUCGGGAAAACUUUAACAUCAUCGAAAACCCGAAUGUAAAAGAAGCUGAUGAGAACAACUUCAACAAGCUGAACCACAGUGGCCAUAAAGUCCGAAACAACAAGAACCAUCAUCAUCAUUAUCACCAUCGACACGACCCCGGUGCGGGUAGCACCAGCCAUAAUCCCAGCAAUCGAUACGUAACGGCUUCGGAGAACGAACCUCUGCUUGGCUCGGGCAUGAUCGGCAACGCCAUCAUCAAGCCUAUCCAGCAGAUCCAACAGAUACCCAAAUACGAACCUCCCCGCUAUGCCACGGGAAGUGCUGCCUUCCCUCAUCAACCGAUGAACAACAACGCCAGCUAUAAUUUCCCCGCAGCCCCUAGCUAUCACCAACAGCAAGUGCCGCCUCCGCACCUUCUCCGACAGCACCAGCUCUACCAACAGCAGCACCAACAACAACAGCAACAACUCCUUAAACAGUACAUCAAACCUCUACCGAAGCUUCCCCACGAAUACGACGAAUCCCGGGAAAUGUCCUCCACGGAUGAUCUCAGCUCUCGACCGCGCUCCCCUUCGGUUUCCUCCUCCGACGAGAGCUACUCCAAAACCACCGAAGGCGAAGAGCUGGACGGUCAUUCUCCGCUCCCCGCCCGGACUUCCUACCCCAACAACUUCAACAACCCGCUCCAAUACCUCUACCCGGGCGACAUUCAGGUAGAUCCGACCUCCCCACCCAAGCUCAGCCCGAUCGACUUCGCCAACAUGAAAGACUUCGAGGUGACCACGACGGCGGAAACCAAAUCCUCGGCGAACCCCAACAAGGGCGAGUCGUGCAAUAGCUUCGAGUUCCAUGACAAGCCUUCCGCCGCAAUGGGCGCCACUCAACCGCUUCAACCUCCAACAAACUUCCCCAAGUCGCCUUUUGAACGGGAACUGCAACGAAGGCUUGCCGAGUCGCAAUCGCGACCGAUGCUGGCCUCCGCCGCUGGCAACGGCAACAACAACCUCGAUCACCAAUCGGAGCUGCCGUCGGUGCGGCGGGACUCCGCCGAGAAGAUCAAGAACGUGAACAACUUGUUGCUGGCGAAGCACCCCGGAACGCUGGAGGCGAUCAAGGAAGCCACCAGGAAUAAGAAUCCGUCAGAGUCGAGUCAUAUGCAAACGUCGGACACGGAAUCGUGCGAGAUCAUCCACGACUACCGGUCGUCCCCUUCAGGCGGUGGACCGGGAUCGAUGGACCGUCGGCACCAACAUCACCACCACCGGCAGCACCAUCACCAUGCACUGUCGCAACAAUCGCCCCGAAUGCACCCUCGAAACCUCCACCACAAGUACAAUGCGGCGACCAAGAAGUCCUCCAACGAGACGUCCUCCAACAUCGAAGCGGACGAAGACCUGCGGCUGUCGAACGAAGCGAUCUACCGGGGUCGAGGACGGGACUCGGACGACCUGCUCGACGAUGACGAGCCGGACGAGGAGGACGUGGAAGAGGAGGAGUCGGAAGACGACGACGAUGACGAAGAAGAUCUUGACGAGCGGGAACCAAGACGGAACGCGAUGCGAAGGGGACUGGGCGCCAACGGCGGCGAGCGAUCACGAACCGGAAGCUGUGAUGCGACGAGGAACUACAUCUCGGACGAACUGAAAUACGGAGCGGGACACUCGCGGGAACGGGAUCUCAGCCAUCACAACAACAGCCAUAGCUCGCACCACAACCACCAGUCGCUGGACUCGAACCCGGUGGAAAGCCAAUCCGAGUGGAGCGACGACGAAUGCCGGGAGGAGGCGACCGGCGGCGCCGAGAGCACCGGCUACAUUACGGACGAACCCGGCCUCGAGAAUAUCUCGCUGCUGAACGAGGCCGGUCUCACCGACGCGGAGGGCGCCCUGUCGGACGUGAACUCCCUGUACAACGCGCCGGACGUGGACGACACGUCGAUUUCGUCCCGGGCCAGCAGCCGGCUACUGAGCCUGGACUCGCUGAGCGGCCUGUACGACUGUGAUUUAGACUCGAAGCACGAGAUGGCCAUCGUGAGCGUGUCGCACAAGAUUAGUAGUAAGUUUGGACCAAGUCAGGGCGGAAGCAGUAGUAGUUCGGCACCUCCGGUGGCCAGUGUGGGAACGGAAACCACCGGAGGAAGUGGCGGCGGUGGCGGAACCGGGUGAGGGUUGUGCAGUGCCGGCGAAACGGGUCCGCCUAGUGGACCGGCUUCCGUUGGCCAGGUGAGUGCCGCUUCCGGAGAGGAUGAACAGCAGGAAUCUACCAGCACCGUCAGUGCUGGCGGUGCCAAGCCGAGCAGGUUGUAAAUAUAGGGGAUAAGUGGAGGAAAAGGGGUUUCCCAAGAUUUCGGUAGUGGCAUUUUAGUUUCUACUUUCGUCGCUUACGUUCAUUGUGUUGAAUAGUUGGGAGCGCUGUUUCGCUGAUUGAAAAUGCAUUUUUAGGGUUAUGUUUGGCUUAAUCUAGAUGGAAAGGUGGAAUAAAAGGCGCUUACUUUGUUAUCAGUGAAGGAUUUUGAAUAAGCAGAGAGAAAAUGUUAGGGUUUUUAUUUUUGGAGUGACAAUUCGAUACCUAUUUUUGUUUGAAAAUUUUUAU